AUGGGCAGUGUACAGUGGGACGACGGAGGGGGAGGCCGGGACUCCCCGCGGGGGACUUUGGGACUACGGGUGACGAGGCCGGGAGGAGCCCCCGGCCUGGACGGGGGGACUGGCGGGGGAGAGUCCGAGAGAGCCCCGGCACAGGGACAGGGGGACGUACGGACGGUAGCCGGGGAGAGCCGCAGGGUGACCAGGGGCGGGGAAUGGGACGUAUGCGGGGAGGGGAGGGCCGGCGGGGGGGUGGCGAGGGGGGGAAGCGGGCGGAGGGGCAGCACCACCCGCGCCACCGCACCAACCCCCGGCAAUCAAGGGGAGGGAGGAGGGCGGGCAGAGGAGCGAGACGGGGAAGGAGGUGGAGUGACGAGGAGGGGAGCGCGGAGGGCCCGGACCGUCCGCGGCAAAGCCAACCGAGGGGAGGCUGGCACUGAGCGGGGCGACAAAAGGGAGGAGGAAGGGGCCAAACGCCAGAAGGGCGAACACCGAAAGAAGGAAAAACGAAGGACGAAAGAUAGAAGAAGAGGUAGACGCCGGCGCGGGCGGCGGAUCGCAGCAGAGGACCGUCGACAGGCGGCGGGAGGCCGCCGGCCGCACGGACGAGGGCGCACUGAGGAGAAGGGACCGGGAGGAGCGGCCAACCAGGAAAAAAAACACAGGCUGCAGAAGGGCAGGAGGACACCACAGGGGACGCAGGAAGGGCCAAGCGAACCGCCGGGGAGGGGACGGAGGAAAGUGGCAGGGGCCAUACGGAGAGAAAAAGAGAUGAAGAACAAGAAGGAACAGGAGAAAAGCGGACAGAAAAGAAGAAAGACAGCAGUGAAAGAAGACAGAGGAACAAGCAAGGAGCAAAAGACACAAGAACGGAAACAACCACAGAAGAAGGACAAGGCAACGCCCAGGGGAACAGAGGAGGAGCGCCACGAGACCCGGCCCGGAGGCCAACGGGCAAGGGUGGCAGGGCGCGAGCGGGAAGCGAACCCCAAGCCCAAAGGAAAAGGGCAGGCGACCGGGAAGCGAGACCCGGAGGCCCAAGUAAACAAACAAGAGGGGAGCGACGGAAGCCCCACAGCCGGAGGCCCAGGAAAGGGCAAGCACACCAGAAGGGACCACGGAACGAAGGACAAAGACAAGCAACAGAGAGACGGACCGAGCAGUGCGGCACGGAGGGACAGGGAAGGCAACGGAAGCCAGGAGGCAAGGGAAGCAACGAAACAGGCGGGCCGAAGCGAGCACAAGGGAGAAGGGCAAGGAGAAGAAGCCAAAGAGGGAAGGGAACGCAAGCUCCAGAGCGGAGAAAAGCGGUGGGGGGCCAACAAGGGGGCAAGGUACACGCCGGCACGCGCGGACAAGGCACGCAAGCAAAACAAAGAAACAAAGACGAAGGGAAAGGAGCCCCCACACAAGGGGAACCAAGCCACGGACCGCGAAACCGGACUCAAGAGCAAGAGAACACGGCCGGGGCACGCGGAGCCGACUACAAAGGGCCCAAGCGAGGCAGGCAAUGACAGAGCGGAAAGGAAGAGGGCAAACAACAGGAGGCCACGAGGAAAGGGAGAGCAGAGGGCGCAGAAAAGAGGGGAAAGGACCAAAAGGCCCAGCCAGCAGCGGGCGCAGAAGCGCAAGAAGGGGACGGGGGCAGAACCCGGGACUCGCACGAGGGGCCCAAAAAGGCCCGGCGCGAGCGCGAGGGAGGAGCGCGAACUGCGAAGGCCAGGGGAGCAGAACGUACGCGAGCGACAAGGCGGACGCGACGCGAGUGAGGAAAAGGAGGAAGCGACUGGCGGACGCGGGGAGAGGGCGCGACAGCGGAGGAGAGGAGAGCGACGACAACGCGAACGCGGGCCGGCGGCGGCCGAACGCGAAGAAGGAAGGAGACCGGCAACGGGCGGCAACAGGGCCAAACGUGCAAAGGGCGCGGGAGGAGCAGCCGGAAAACGCACCGAGGCCCCCGGGACCGCAACAAACGACGGACAGACCCCAGAACAGCAAGGCAAAACGGGGUACGAGCCGGAAACCACCGAAGUAACAACGCCAGAAACACGAAGGAAGCAAAGGCAAGCCGAAGAACUGGCCAAAGGCCAACGAAAACACGGUCGUAGCAAAAACCGUACCACACCGUCGGCGAGGGAGGAAAGGGGGCACGCACGGCCAAAGGACAGGACGGGGCGACAGAAACGGGGAAUGCCAAGUGCCGACUCCGCGGAGCAAAAAGGCACGAGCGGACCGGAAAAAGGGAAAAGAGGCAAACGGCGCAGGCCAAGCCGAAAGGGGCGACGAAGCGGCCAAAAGGCAGGACAACACUCGCCCACACCCCGAAAGCACCGAACGGAUCGAACGGAACCAGCGGAGGGCCAGGCCGAGGGCGGCUGCACACGGUGCCGCAGGACGGACCAGCGGGCAAACACGGAAGCGGGCUGCAGGAGGACGAAGGGGAAGCUGGGAAAGGGGGGCGGGCGCGGAAAGGCCAAAAAACGUACCGGCCGGGGCGGGACAGGGAGGCGAGGCAAAGAAAAGGAAAGGAAGAGAGAAAUAGAAGAAGAGCGAGAGGAGAAAGACGGAAAGACGGGGAGAAAGGCAAAAGGAGGGGGAAGCAGCGGAGCGGGGGGCCAAAAGUGA